CAGAUAGUGGUGGAUCAGCGAUCACAGCGCUGCGAGCGUUUCGUAUGCUCCGGAUCUUCAAACUCGCCAAAAAGUUCCCUUCCAUGAAGAUCUUGCUCAGCGCCGGUGUUCAAACACUGAUGUCCAUGGGAGACUUUGUGGCACUGCUCUUCCUGAUCAUUUGCGUGUUCGCCUUGAUGGCUCAGAGUUUCUUUGGUGGCACCUUCAUGUUUGAUCCGGACGAUGGCAGCUUGGUGGCUCCUGAGGACUAUCGCGAAAAAUGUCCCUUUGGUGACGGUGACAAGCCCAUCUGCGUUCCCAGGUCCCACUUCGACACCUUCCUUUGGAGCUUCAUCACGAUCUUUCAAAUUCUGACAGGUGAAAAUUGGAAUACGGUGAUGUAUGAUGGGAUGCGUGCGACUGGAUGGAUUUCCGUUUUCUUCUUCCUCAUGGUGGUGCUGUUUGGGAACUUUGUAAUUCUGAACCUUUUCCUCGCGAUUUUGAUGAGCAGCUUUGACGAGCAGAGAAGCAAACUUCAUGAAGCCAUGGAAAGCAAGCGGGAGCUCUCGAGGGCCACUCAAGUCGACCAACGCUGGGCGUGGGACAGUGGAGCUUUAGCAGUGAUACCAGGUCGAGCUCAGGCUGGUGUUUCGCCCCGUUCAGGCGGAAGUCGAUUCACCACGAGAUUCACCGAAAAGUUUUCAUGGAUUUCACGAUUUGAACUUUGGGGGGUUGAACCUGGCAUGUUUGGACCAAUGGCAUUGUUUUUUUGCAAUCGUGAUCCAUGUUUUCGUGCAUUCUUCUGCCAGGAUCAAAACAAAGAAGCGCCUGCCCAGCUGAUUUUGGAAAGAUGGUCGACUUUUGCGUCAAAAACAAAAAGGUACUUUGACGCGUACUUUGCCAGGUGUGCGAAACGAUGUGGUGAGAGAUCUUGCUUUUUUUUCUCCAGAGAUGGAGAAAUCCGGAAAGCAUGCCUCGCGUUGACGGCGAUUCCGGCCUUCGACCACGUCAUCAUGGUCUUCAUUGGAUUUUCAUCGGUGGUCAUGGCUUUUGAGAAUCCUUUGCACGAUCCCAAUAGUACACAAGUCAAGGUUUUGGAGGUGUUGAGCACUGUUUUCACUGUCAUUUUCCUCCUAGAGGUGGUGGUGAAAAUGAUUGCGUUGGGAGCAUUCUGCAAUUAUGGUGAUGGUCGCAAAGCAUACUUGCGAAGCUUUGAGAAUGUCCUGGACUUCGUGAUUGUGAUUGUGUCAGUUCUGGAUAGCAUCCAGACAUGGCUUCUUGUGGGCAGCAGCGGCGGUGUAAUUGCAGUGAUGAAGAUCUUUCGAGUUGUGAGGAUGUUGAGGCCCCUCCGCCUCAUUUCGCGCAGCAAGAACCUGAAGGUUGUGGUGAAAACGAUACUAGCUGCCAUUCCAGAGCUGCGAAACCUCCUCGUGUUCAGUUCAUUGUUCUUCUUGAUCUUUGGACUGUUGGCGGUGGGGAAUUUGAAGGGCUCUUAUCACAGCUGCAAAGACCACAUGUUGGAAGACUAUGGGUUUUCACGAUCACCAGAAACGACUCUGAUGUGCAUUGCCGACACCGUUGUAGACAGCAGCUCCAAUGUGUCUUGGGGUAUCAUGUCGCAAAGUCCUGGAACUUGUUCCUCCGGGAGGGAGUGGCAGAGGCCCACCAAGGACACACCGAUUUGUGAGGUGCAUUGCGACAGCUCUAGCCACCCAGCUUGCCAGACUUCACCGUGGGGAUACCACGUGAUGCGCUGCAGUGAUUGCAGCGAGGCCAAUUGCCCCGAAAGCUCCCAGGACCUCAGCCGCCGAGAUUCUUGCCAGCAGCGGUGCGCGAGACAUGAGUACUUCUGCAAGGGGGGUGGAGCAGAGUGUUUGGAGCAGUGCGUGGCCGCUUGUAUUUGCGAAUCCAGCUGCUGGGGCUUGAUCGAGGACGCCGCCUUGUGCACGGAACAAGGUGGGAAAUGGGUGAAUCUAAAUCAAAACUUCGAUAACCUUCUGGUAGGGACCAUUGCCCUCUUUGAGAUCAGCACUACGGAAGGAUGGGUGGAUGUGAUGCUUGCCGCUGUUGACAGUCGAGGACCAUAUCUUCAACCAAGGAGAGACGCCAAUGAAUUUAUCGGCUCAAUGCUCUUCGUAGCCUUCAUGUUGAUAGGCAGCUUCUUUGUCCUGAACCUUUGUGUUGGCGUCAUCAUUGACAAUUACAACAAGCAGAAAAAAGAAAGUGAUAUUCAUUUUGUGCUGGUGACUGACGUGCAAGCCGCAUGGAUGACCCAAAUGAAGGCCAUCUACUUGCGCAGAACGUUCUUCACUCAGGUGAAUGUCGACAGGCUGGGGCCUUCGCGGCAGCAUCGCUUCAGGAUCAUCACAUCAGCUGCUUUCGAAAAUUUGAUCAUGGCUUGCAUCGUGAUACAAUUAUGUUUGUUGAUGAUGGUCUGGCAGCCUCGUGAUUCCGGUGGAUCCUUGGAAGUCUUCUUGGACUCUUGCAACGUGUUCUUCAUCGUUGUUUUCCACAUCGAGUGCUUUGUCAAGCUCAGUGCAUUGUACUGCAACUACUUUCGAGAAUACUGGAACGUUUUCGACUUCAUUUGUGUGCUGACCAGCGAUAUCGUGGCAAUCCUUGAAGCCUCCAUUGCCUCAGAUUCAACGGUGAAUCUCAGCUCCCUUGUCAAUGCCCUGCGCAUAUUCCGCAUCGCUCGUCUUUUUCGACUGGUGCGUGUUCUCAAAGGUCUUAACAAACUGCUCCUUGCCUUUGCCUUGUCUGUUCCGAAGCUCUUCAACGUGGGCCUGGUCAUGGUGUUGUUGCUUUACCUCUAUGCGGUGCUCGGGGUGAGUCUUUUUGCAAAGGUGGCUUAUACAGGCGUCGGAAUUUAUGGCCCUCAAGCGAACUUCCGGACCUUCUUUCAGGCCAUUUCUCUCCUGAUCCGUUCCAUGACUGGCGAAGGAUGGAACUAUAUCAUGCACGACUUGAGCAAGUCCCAAUGGUACUAUGAAAGCGUUCUGGACAAGACCUGCAGAGAAAUGGAUUUGGACAGUAUGGAUUUCGCUUCACUGGAUCUGAACCAGGAUGGUUACGUCGACGAGCCCACGGAAUGUGGCUCUCAAUUGGCGUUUAUAUACUUCAUCUCGUACACUAUCCUGGUGAGUUUCGUGAUUUUGAACCUCUUCAUUGCCGUGAUUUUUGAGGGGUUCGAGGAGAGCCGGGGCAGUGAACCGAUGGAAGUGAUCACCAAGUGCUUGGAGAAUUGGGAACGGUAUGAUCCAUUCAACACCAUGUACAUUCCGCUGAGCAAAGCGCUGGACUUCAUCGAUGAAACUGUGGAAGAGCUGAUGAGCGCAAAGCAACCGCAGAAGGGGCAAUGCAUUCCGGAACCUCGCUGGGAUUCGAGAAGCACCAUCGACAUGAAUGCAUCAGAUGCCAUGUGGUCAAUGUACAACCUCCAAUAUGUUCGAACGUUGGGGUUGAGAGUUCGAUCUGAUGGUAAAGUACGCCUUGUGCAGGCCUUCAAGGCAGUGAUGCGGCGCCUGGUGAUCAGCGGUGGUCCAUACAGUAUCUACUUGCCACAGCAUGAGAGACGCCAGAGGGUGAGAGAGAUAGAGAUUCUCGAAGACAUGAUGCUCAGUGCUACAGAAGAAAUUGAGCCGGAUAUGACAGAGAUUUCCGCUUUAGAAGCUCGCCAAGAGAAGCACAUCCAACAGGCUCUUGGUCCCAGUCCGCGAAUUGGAUCGGCCGAAGAUGAGUUCGACAUGCUGCAAAAGGUAGCUGCAGCAAAGAUCCAGCGGCGAAGCAAAGAAUCUUUACAGCGGC